AUGUUUUCCCACUCGGAUUAUAAAUAUCCUUACGAACCUCCAUUAUCUCCAACAAUUAGAAUUGAACGACCUUUUUGGGUGCCUUGCUAUAAAGAAUAUAAUGGCCGUCCAGAAUGGUGGGCAGAACUUGGAUAUAAAGACGAAAUGUUGAGAAGGGGCAUGUCUCGUGGAAUUCGUUUUGAUCAUCGCGAACGGGAUAAUUAUUGGUAUGAUCCAAAAGUCCCUGAUGGAACUUCGGUUGUUGGACCGUUUGGACUGGAUACGCAAUAUCAUAGAAAUUUGACUAAAAAGGGGGAUCAGCCAAUGACGUUUGAUGAACAUCAAAAGAAGGUUACUGAAAGCUCUGGUCAAUACAAAAAUAUUAUAAACAAUUUUGACAUAAGCCCUGAACAUCCUGGAUUUGCCAUAUCUCCACUUUUGGAUAAAUAUAAAGAAGAAUAUCGAACACUUGGAACUCAUUUUAAAUUACACAAUUUUAUGCAAACACAUAGAGGUCCCCGGUUUUGGGAUAAACCAAUGAAUGAAGGUUGUAUUGAGAAGGGACUUGCACUUGUUAAAUAUAUUGCUGUUGCAUCUUUCGCUGCGGCUUAUUUGGAUCGUGGAAAAAAAGAUUUAAAAGUUUUGGUUAAUUGGACGGGUAUUUGCAAGGAUUGGGCAUUUAGAUUUUUUCCUGUUCCUGCUGCUUUGGGAAUGACUUUUGGUGUUACUGCUUGUACUUCUGCAAAGAUUAGACAUAUUGAUGAUACUUGGAAUUGGACUAUUGCGUCUGUUGUGACUGGUGCACUUCAUGCUACGAUGCGUAAGUAUUCUGAGAUUAAAUUUUUCUAGUUAAAGUCCGGAGCUUUUUCUAAUUUUCUAUAAGAUUCUGAAUUGCCGGAAAAUUAAAAUACUUGUUUAUAACCAAGACGAGACAUUUUAUCCUCUCGGAACUUUUUUUGAUCAUUGCUC